AUGCUGGGCGAGAUUUGUCAGUUUUUUGCUAUUGACUCUAGCAAUUUUCCAUCAAAUGACCAUAUUAUCAUUGGCAAUCGGUCUUGCCAAAGUGAUUUUUUGGUACACUUUUUCCUAAAUUUGUGCGAGAAACAAAACAGGCCCGUGGUUUUCCUGGGCCUCUCGCAAUCUUUCGGCCAUUACAAUUCUGUGGGGCAGAAGCUUGGAAACAAUUUGGGAUCAGCGAGAGAUGAACGCAAAAGCUUGGUAUUUCUGGAAAGUUUGUUUGAUUUCAGCGAAAGUAUAGCCUCUAGUUCAACCUUUCGUUCUACGACAGCUCCUAAUCCGUUUGUAGAAUUACUGAAAGGUGAUUCUACAACCCUUUUGAAGUCAAUUAAUGCGUCGUUAGAAACUUUGGCUCAGAUACAGACGGGAAUAUUGAGUGCUCCAGUCGUCAUUAUAGACGAUCUAUCUGUUCUUUUGAGUGCAGGAGUGGCGCCAGAAUGCCUUCUGUUGUUUGUAAAUAGUUUACAUGAGCUGGUAACAUCACCUCGAAUAAAGGGUUCGCUGAUAAUCUCUCUUCAUUUGGACAAAGAAGACGAGAAAGCUGAAGAACUCUGGGCAUAUCUGACCCAUUUAUCCACAGUGAAAGUACAGGUGACAGAUCUAGCAUCAGGUUAUUGCAGGGAUGUACAUGGAGAGAUGCAUGCUGAGUGGCGGGACAGCCAUGAUAAACCUCGGAAGUCUAUAACCAGACACACACAGUUCAAACUCUCUGAUAAAAAUAUCAGUUUGUUCGCUCCAGGGAUGUCAGCUGCAGUGCUGUAA